UUACAACAUGUAAACAAUCCUCUCACAUGUUGUUUCGCUAUGGCUUCUUCUUUGCACAACACAAGUUUUCUCUGUAGUGAUUUUCAUGUCAGAAAUCUUCUUGGGGUGUCUGUAGACGAAAAUGAGCACAUUUUGAUUACAUGUAAAGGCGUGGUCAAGCUCUAUAAUGUUCUUGACCGCAGACAGGUGAGAAGCUGGUCCACAAAGAGCUGGCAUCCUUUCACAUCUGGUGCUGUAACUGUUCCUACAACAAACAACCUUGCAGUAGUCAUCAAUGGAAAUUCCAUUUCCCAGUGGAGUCGUGAAGAGGAUGACAUCGAUAAUGUCAAGCGUUAUAAUUUUGAAGCCCCAAUCCAUCAACUCCUCGUAAGUGCAGACAAGGUAUACACUGUCUUCACCAAUGGCGAAAUUGAAGAGCUCCAGUCAGCUAUCAGUACAAGGCGUGAGAGCAAGCAAGGGUUCUUGCAGGAGGAUGAGACUAUCACCUACGUGCAGAUCAUUGAGAGCACCAACACAGCCCUGAUUGCUACCAAAAAGAGAGAGCAGGCAUCUUGCACAAAACUGUACGAACUGCAGCUGAACCAGAGUGGAGGAAGGUCGCCCCGAGGAUAUGACUUGGCUGUGGCAGAUUGUACACUCACUGGCCUGUGUGCCCUCUCCUCGUCCAUACUAAUCACGUUAUGGUCCAAUGGAGAUAUGUACAGUUUUGACCUGCGGAAUGAUUCUUUGGAGAAGCUACCAGGGAAAAAACAUGCAACAGAAACCUCAGUUAUACCAUCGAAAAUCACAAAAAUUUUGGAACUCUCUCCUAGCCAUAUAGCUCUCGUUGGCAUGGGCAAAGGAGAUGAAGAGAGCCAGAUCUGUGAUUACAGCACACAUGGUCGGCCACAUUGCAUUGUACUGGGUGGGCUAAUCGUACUACGCGACUUGUCCUUCGCCAUGACUGUAUGCAGCCGCAAGCUCAAGAUGUACCAUGACCCGCCAUUGGCCUGGGUCACGCCCGAUGGGAUAGUAGUGGCCGAGGGGGGAUCCUUAGCCCUAAUACCCUAUACUGUCAAGGAGUCUAACCUAGCCACAGUGUUUGGUACUAAGGCCUCAGAAGAUUAUGAAUAUACCUCAGAAGUUUGUCGCAGUUGGAACCUGGGGACAGAGGAAGCAGUACCCGAGGAAGCGCAGGAGACCAUUUACACCAACAAAAGCACCGAAUUGACUCACAUCAUAAGGGAGCUAAGGAAGGACACACUAACAGAAAGCUUAUUAGUCACACACCUAGUGAACAUCCUGCUGGAGCAGAAAAAGACACGACUACUCAACGAGACUCUUGACGCUUUCCGCGACAUACCCGAGGCCUGCUUGGUUGACAUUGCCAACUACUAUCUUAGUUGCAGUGAUGCCGAUUUUGAAGGCCUCUGCAAAUGCCCUCCGAUGGAAACCAAGUGCGUCAUUCCAGGAGAUGAGCCUGAAGAAGUCACCUGUCCAUUUGGCAAAGCAAAGGCCCAUUUCGUGAACGGCCUGUUGCGCAAACCAUUCACCGACAUCUUGCUGUCGCCGGAACUGUAUCGCCUAGGCUUCGACUGUGCCCUGAGCCUCAUCCAGUACCUGCAUUUCAUACUUGCUGCAGGAGAGGCGGAACUUGUCCCUGAAGAAUCUUCCCGCGUUCCCUCGGUUGCACAGGCGAGUUCAUGGUUGAGUCUCCUUCUGGACACAAAAUACCAGCACCUGGUUAUGACGUCACAAGUGGACAUCCACCGCCUCCUCCUCUCUUGCUUCACUCAAGUCAAUAAUCUGAGGAUCUUCCUCGAAGGUCUUAUGGACGUAGAACCCCUCGUUAAGAGAGUCGUUGAGGCCAAGGUUCUCCCGCCACAGAUGAAUUCCUCAUCAUAUUCCCUUGAACGACUGACCAUCACGUGAUCCUUUAUGUGGUCUUAGAAUGUGCUGAAUGUGAAAGGAGAAAAAUUUGUUAAAAUGCUACAUUAAAAGUUUUUUUUUUUUUUUU